AUGAAUAAGCGCGGGCUAUCAUCGGGGUCCAACGACUCAGAUUUGGUCAAGUUAUGUUCAUUCCUUCUGCCGGAGGUUCAGAGAAUUGUUAAUGAUCGCAGGGUGUCGGAGAAUUCUCCAAUCAGACCGUUGUUAGAAGAUAUAUUGCGCCUUGAUGGAAUAAUACCCGUUCUCAGAGAAUUUUCCCAAGCUAUACAGUAUCCCUCAGUCAGGGGAACACAUCCAGGUGGGGAAUCAAGUACUGAAUUUUCUAGAACUUUGGUUUCUACUUUCAACGAAAGCAUUGAAGAUGACAGAAACACUGUGCGAGAAUAUUUGCGCAACAAGCCGGCGAAUAAUAGCAGUCAUUAUCCGGUAAUUCGACGAGCGAGUAAGCCCUCAUCUAAAUACAUUGGUGCCGCAGUAGUACCACCUUCAAGGCCGAUUAAACCUGUUCUGAACACGUCAAAGAAGCCGAUAACUAGUACCUUGGAAAUCUCACAAAUGCCACCAUUGAAAGACCGAAGAAUCUACUUUCUCAAAAAGCAUGAGACUUCAGACGUACCAUACCUGGCACAAACCGAAUUUCCAGAAUUCAUCACUGCGGGAGAAGAGAAAUUUUUUCAGAUGUGCCCUUUCGCAGGUUUCGCAUUUGAUGUAAAACGAAUCGGGAUGUUUUCAGAUCCAGAUGACAAGGCAAUCUAUGACCCAGAAUCGACCCGAAUUAAAAAAAGAUGCAUUGGUAAAGCAAAAAUCGUCUAUUUGGCUAACUUGAUAGACUCUUCCUAUUUCCAUGAGAUACGAGGCUCUCAGUCUCCAUACGUUAUAAGAAUACUUUGCGGAUGGAGUAUUGAGAAGAUAUGGCUGAACACGAGAACUUGGGUAUUGUUUGUCGAUGGAAAAUCCUUCGAGGAGCGGAUUUCUUCUGAGGCGGAAUUGGAUGAAGUGUGUAUGCUUGGUAGUUUUCUCGGUGCAAACACAGAGGGAACUGCUCUCUUACGGAAGAGGUAUCGUAACCAUAGGUCGAAGGAAUACCAUAGUAAUUCUACUAAAACCGGUAAUUCUCUUCUAAACAAGAGAGCUCUGCAAUCAAGCGUAUCACCAAUGGAUGAGGCACAGAGUAAGAGGUUGCGUGGAAACGAUUAUGUUGCGGACGAAGUUCAAAACGUGACUUCAGACCUGGGAUGGCGACAUCGUGAUGAUUGA